UUCAAGUUACAAUACGUCAAAUUACAUUUUGUAGUAUACAUGGAUAGCCAAAGCAGCUGGAUGAAUGAUGGCGCCGAUGAACAGGAUUAUCCCUUUGGUGCUGAUGCAAGCAAAUUUACCCAGAUGAAGAUCAAGCGCUCCGAUUUCCCUUCAGAUUUUAUCUUUGGUUCUGGAGCAUCUGCUUAUCAGGUUGAAGGUGCUUGGGCCACAGGUGGUAAAGGCUUUAGCAACUGGGAUAUCUUCACACAGAGAACACCAGGUUAUAUUGAUAAUGGAAGUAAUGGGUGUGUGGCUAUUGAUCAAUAUAAUUUGUGGAAGGAAGAUGUAGCUUUGUUAAAGAAAGUGGGCUUAAGUUCUUAUAGAUUUUCAAUUUCGUGGACUAGAGUACUGCCAGGAGGAAGAUUAUCCGCUGGAAUAAGUAGAGACGGAAUAAAGUACUAUAACGAUCUUAUAGAUUUGCUCUUGGCCGAAGGUAUUGAGCCAUGUGCAACUAUCUUCCACUGGGAUACUCCACAAUGUUUGGAAGAUCAAUAUGGUGGCUUUUUAAAGCGUCGAAUCGUGAAAGACUUUUGUGAGUUUGCUGAGCUUUGCUUUUGGGAAUUUGGUAAUCGAGUGAAACAUUGGGUCACAUUGAAUGAGCCAUGGUCCUAUACCGUUCAAGGAUACGUGUUGGGCACUUUUCCACCUGCUCGAGGUGCAACUACAUCGGAGCCUGUAAGUACAUCUGUUCCUCGUCAUAGAUAUAGACGAGGAGCUCGAUCUAUUUCUACAGCUGGAGAUCCAGGUACAGAGCCAUAUAUUGUGGCACAUCAUCUGAUCCUUUGUCACGCAGCAACAGUUGAUAUAUACAGACAAAGAUAUCAGGCACACCAAGGAGGCAAGAUAGGAAUGACAAAUGUUACACAGUGGUUUGAGCCACUUACUGACACCAAAGACGAUAUAGAGGCUGCUUCAAGGGCCUUAGAUUUUAUGUUGGGAUGGUUUGUAGCACCGAUAGUAACUGGUGAUUAUCCACCAAGCAUGAGGCAAAAUGUGGGCACACGUCUUCCCCAAUUUAAACCAAAAGAAGCUAAGUUGGUGAAAGGAUCCUAUGACUUUCUAGGCAUAAAUUAUUACACUGCUAAUUAUGCUAGUAAUGCACCACCUCCGUCGCCUGGUGCUCAACCAAGUUAUGAAACUGAUCAACAGGUUACAUUAUCAGGUGAACGUGAUGGGAUACCUAUUGGUCCACAGGCCGGUUCAGAUUGGUUGUACGUUGUUCCAAUUGGGAUUUACAAGUUGUUAGUCUAUAUAAAGGCAAAAUAUAACAAUCCCAUCAUUUAUAUUACUGAGAAUGGGGUCGAUGAAGUAAACAAUAUAGCACUAACAGUUUCUGAAGCUCGAUUUGAUGAGAAGAGGAUUACGUAUCGAAAAUCUCUGCUAUAUGGUUUAUGA